UCCCACGGAAGGCUGUUCCUCGUUUUUCCUCUCCACUCAGCUGUCUCCUGCUGGGCUCUUCCCCCAAGGCUCCAAACUCUCAGGUUUCCACGAACCCCUGCUCCUAUGUCAUCAUCGUUUUAGGUUAUGGAGUUGUAGGUUGGGGGCAAGGGGUUUGUCCGGUUGAGAGGCAGUCAAAGGUAUCCACAGCAGAGGUCUGAUGAAGGACUAAGACCCGAGGCCCUGCUCACCUCAAGAAUGCUUACUGGUCACCUCGAGGCUAAGGAGUCAGUGGAGUCUAACGAUGCUAGAGGACCCGAGUCAGGGAGCGGGGACCAACCAUGAGAAGAAGAAGAUGGCUGCGGCGGCUCAGGGCCCUGGGGAGGGCGGCAAGCGCGAGGAGGGGCUGCAGAAGCAGAUCUGUGACCUUGCAGCAGAGCUCACAAGACAGGCCUCUUGGUGGUGUGCCGCGUACAAAGACCUCCAAGGCCAGAUCAACGCUCUUGUGAAGGAGAACGAGGAUCUCCGCGAGGAACUGCAGGCUCUGAAGCAGCAGGGCACCAAAAAAUCCACGAAAGGCCCUGCGGCCUCCCCACCCACAGCAGGAACAGCCAACUCUCGGCCAGUGUACAUAAAGAUAGAGGGAAUCGAUUCGGAUAAAACAACGUCCUGGGAUGACAGAGACGACGCCCCUUCUGUGAGUCCUCAGAAUGGCAGCCUGAUGGCCACUGGAGGAACAGACUCCUUGGAUGAAAGAUUCUCUUUCGUGUCUUGUGAUGAAAAGGCUAUGCACCUGUCUUCCAAGUUUGUGCGAAGACACAUUGGCAGGAUAUCACCAGAACUCCCGUCAGACUCCACAGCCCUGGACACAGAGUCAUUGGCUGAUUUGUGGUCCUCCAAUCCAGAGAGUUCUGAAGGUGAGCUUCUCACACAGGCUCAAGCAAGAAGGCUCAUCCCUACUUUUUCCCAGAAUGCAAUGUGGCUGCAGAAUCUUCUGGCACGGUCAAGACCUCCCAGAGAAGUACCACACUCCAUCGACACUGAGAAGGAUAAUGAGACACAAGAGAAGCGACACCCGAAUGGCAAGGUGGAGCAGGUCCUCAGCGAUGGGCGAACCAUCAUCACCUUCCCCAAUGGAACCAGGAAGGAGAUCAGUGCUGACAAGAAGACGAUCCUCAUCAAGUUUUUUAACGGGGACAUGAAGAAAGUCAAGCCCGACCAGAGAGUGAUAUACUACUACGCGGAUGCUCAGACUACGCACACAACCUACCCGGAUGGUGUCGAAGUCGUGCAGUUCCCGAACAAGUGGACGGAAAAAUUCUACCCGGAUGGCUCGAAGAAAACCGUGUUUCCGGAUGGGACCGUGAAGCAACUGAAGGAUGGAUGUGAGGAGACUGUGUUCCCUGAUGGGACCUGUGUGACGGUGAAAAGGAACGGAGACAAAACCAUCGUGUUCAGCAACGGGCAGAGGGAGAUCCACACAGCCAGGUUCAAGCGGAGGGAGUUCCCAGACGGCACCACCAAGACUGUGUACUGCAAUGGCUGCCAGGAGACCAAGUAUGCCUCAGGGAGGGUCAGGGUCAAAGAUGAGAUGGGGACUGUCAUCCUGGACUGGAAAUAGAGCCCCCGCCAGACUCACCGCCAGGCACUAGGCUCCAGUCACAGCUCUGACCAAAACAGGCAAAACAACCCACUUUGGUAGAUUCCCCUGACAUUCCUGGAGAUCUCCCAACACGUCAGAGGCAUCCAAAAACUGUAAAGAGAAAGACCAUGUAGCCACCACCUGGGCAACGAGGUCGGAGAAGCAGCAGCCAGGAAUGAGGCUCCCAGAAGGGGGGCCUUGUCCGGACUGCUGUGGCGUCUUCUGCCAGAGCCUGGGCUUGGAGCUAGAGGAUAAAAGAGAAGCAGAGAAGUAAAACCUGAGCACGGGCAGCCAGUCCCCAACACCUGGCCGCCGUCUCCGCCCCCAUUUUAGACUUCUCAUAGUGGGACCCAGGGGGACGUACCUUCACCGGUGCUUGUUAUAUUAGUAGACACAAUUUAACCGCCUUGAAGGGCCUCAACAGAGCCUCACGUGGCAUUCUAUCCCAUUAAUUUGAAUAAUUAUGAUCUGUCAAUCAACAAGGACAAGAGUAAAAGCCCAGAGAAAAACACAGAAA